AUGGUCAGUGGUCACUCUGGGGUGGUCAGUGGCCAGUUUGGGGUGGUCAGGGGUCAUUUUGGGGUGGUCAGUGGCCACUUUGGGAUGGUCAGUGGCCACUUUGGGGAGGUCAGGGGUCACUUUGGGGAGGUCAGAGGUCACUUUGGGGUGGUCAGUGGCCACUCUGGGGAGGUCAGGGGUCACUCUGGGAUGGUCAGGGGUCACUUUGGGAUGGUCAGUGGCCACUUUGGGGAGGUCAGGGGUCACUUUGGGGUGGUCAGUGGCCACUUUGGGAUGGUCAGGGGUCACUUUGGGGUGGUCAGUGGCCACUCUGGGGUGGUCAGUGGUCACUCGGGGGUGGUCAGUGGCCACUUUGGGAGGUCAGUGGCCACUCUGGGGUGGUCAGUGGUCACUUUGGGGUGGUCAGUGGUCACUCUGGGGAGGUCAGGGGUCACUCUGGGGUGGUCAGUGGUCACUCUGGGGAGGUCAGUGGUCACUCUGAGGUGGUCAGUGGUCACUCUGGGAUGGUCAGGGGUCACUCUGGGGUGGUCAGUGGUCACUCGGGGGUGGUCAGUGGCCACUUUGGGAGGUCAGUGGCCACUCUGGGGUGGUCAGUGGCCACUUUGGGGAGGUCAGGGGUCAAUUUGGGGGGUCAGUGGCCACUUUGGGAUGGUCAGUGGCCACUUUAGGGAGAUCAGUGGUCACUUUGGGGUGGUCAGUGGUCACUCUGGGGUGGUCAGUGGCCACUUUGGGGUGGUCAGGGGUCACUUUGGGGAGGUCAGUGGCCACUUUGGGAUGGUCAGUGGCCACUUUGGGAUGGUCAUGGUCACUCUGGGGUGGUCAGUGGUCACUCUGGGAGGUCAGUGGUCACUUUGGGGAGGUCAGUGGUCACUCUGGGGUGGUCAGGGGUCACUCUGGGGUGGCCGUAAGUGA